AAGAAGUACUGUCAACAAAGGAAAGUCAGUCUCUUCAUUGGAGUGGACUGGCAGGUAGGAGAAAAUUAACCUUUCUCUUAACGACCCCAUCAUCCCCAUGAAACCAAGGCAGCAAGAACAAGAAAAACAAACCCAAGAAAAGAAGGGGAAAAAAAAAACCUCCAACAGGCGAUAGAAAGAGAGAGAAUCACACAAAUCUGGGGUUUGAUGCAGUGAGCAUAUUCCCAUAAAUGAACAUGGUCCUCAAUGGCAUCACCUCCACCACCACUACCAGUGCCAUCCAUGGCUGCUUCACUUUUCAAUAGCAGCAACUUCAAAGGGGUUCUUCUUGCUGUUGUCUCCAGUGCUUUCAUUGGAUCCAGCUUCAUAAUCAAGAAGAAGGGUCUCAAGAAGGCUGGUGCCUCUGGCCCUCGUGCUAGUGUUGGAGGAUAUGGGUACCUGUUGGAGCCACUUUGGUGGAUGGGCAUGAUUACUAUGAUUGUUGGAGAAAUAGCCAAUUUUGUAGCUUAUGUUUUUGCCCCUGCUACGCUUGUAACGCCUCUUGGUGCAUUGAGCAUUAUUGUUAGUGCUGUUUUAGCGCACUUUUUGUUGAAUGAGAAACUACAGAAAAUGGGGAUGCUGGGGUGUCUUCUAUGCAUAGUGGGAUCUGUAGUGAUUGUGCUCCAUGCAUCUGAUGAGAGUUCCCUGACCUCAGUAGAAGAAAUUUGGGAAUUAGCUAUCCAACCAGCUUUUCUAUUAUAUACAGCCUCCGCAAUAGCUGUAUCACUUGUACUCAUCUUGUAUUGUGCGCCCCGGUAUGGCCAAACCAAUAUCUUGGUUUAUAUUGGCAUAUGCUCUAUAAUUGGAUCAUUGACAGUAAUGAGUAUAAAAGCUGUUGGCAUUGCCAUAGAACUCACUUUGGAGGGUACAAAUCAGUUUAAGUACUUCCAAGCAUGGGUCUUUUUAAUGGUUUCAGUUACCUGUAUCAUGACCCAAUUAAAUUAUUUGAACAUGGCACUGGAUACUUUCAACACGGCCGUUGUUUCUCCCAUCUACUAUGCCCUGUUCACAUCAUUUACUAUUUUAGCCAGUGUGAUUAUGUUUAAGGAUUGGUCUGGUCUAAGUGCAAGCAGCAUAGUCUCAGAGCUUUGUGGCUUCAUCACUGUUUUAUCUGGGACUGCCAUAUUGCACAGUACCAGAGAGCCAGAUCCACCAUUUAUUACAGAUUUAUACACACCUCUUUCUCCAAAAGUAUCAUGGCACAUUCAAGGAAAUGGGGAAAUUUGGAAGCAGAAGGAUGAAGAUGGCCCCGAUUUUGUCGCCAUUCUCCGGCAGGACUACUUCAAAUAGAUGAAACAUGCCUGAGGCACACCAGGAAACUGCUACCCCACCAAAUGCUCCUGGAACUUGUUUACGUUGGAGCCAUUACCUUGGGCAUAACCCAGUACAGCAUGAGAAUCCAUAUGCACUUGUGCAGGCGGGAAAACCAUGUUUUUUUUUUUUUUCCCCUUUUAUUUUGUGGUGUGAACUUAUCUGAGUGAAUUUAUGCAGAAGAAGUCCUCUAGCUUUUAGGUCUAGGGACUAGUUUGUUGUUCAUUAUAUUUUUUUUCCCCUGAAACUUGGUGGAAUAUUUCAUUGCUUUGUACAAAAAGGAAAGUCCAGUUUCUGGUUUGUGGAGUUUGAAGGAGCUAACCCCAUGUAGUUUUUACCUUUUAUUUGAAUAUGAAGAGAUUUUGAUCACUUUGUUUUUA